GCAAUCAAAGAAGAAUGGUUCCGAAGGAAGUGAACCAUUCUUUUCUCAUACUCCCCCUCUCCGAUGGCAGAUUCAGAGAAGGAGGUGACGGAAGCACCCACAACAAUAUUUGACAAGAUUAUAAAGAAGGAGAUCCCGUCCACCGUUGUUUAUGAGGAUGACAAGCGACAAAUAUGCUAUAUGAUUUCCAGAACCAUAGCAAGAAUGACCGUGUUGAUCACGCCAGAGCAGUCCUGUCACUUACCAGUUCUUGCAUUCAGAGAUAUCGCCCCACAAGCUCCCACACAUAUAUUAAUCAUUCCAAAAGUUAAAGAUGGGUUGAGUGGGCUUUCAAAGGCUGAAGAGAGGCAUGUAGAGAUACUUGGCUACCUGCUAUAUAUUGCCAAACUGGUAGCGAAGCAGGAAGGACUUGGAGAUGGAUUUAGGAUUGUCAUCAAUGAUGGCAAUGAUGCUGGUCAAUCGGUGUAUCAUCUACACGUACAUCUUCUCGGUGGAAGACAGAUGAAUUGGCCUCCUGGCUAAUUAAGGCUCACUGUUGUUGUUUAUUGCAUGGUAAAAUUCAUCCAUGCAUCUCUCUUCUCUACAAUGUUUCCAGGAAUAGCCUCUUAUCUUUAGCCAUCUUCUUUUCUCUACUUGGUCGUCCGCAUUCUAUCAUUGAAAAUUUGAAACUAUUAUGCUGCUUCGUUCAGUAAACAAAUAUGGGGGAAAUAAUGAUUUAAGUUUCAAUGAGGUACCACAAAUUCA